AUGAAAUUAAGUGUUCUAUAUUUGGUUGUUUCGUUAUAUUUCUUUGACAGAAAAAUUGUUUGUAAUAAAAAAAAUGGAAAGAGUAAAAGUAAUAACCAUAAUUAUUUUAACAAUACUACUAAGCAUAUUGAUAAGCAGGUGAUAUAUAAUUUACCAGAAAAUGAUAAUUUAUUUCAUGUUCUUAAAUAUUUAAUACAUGGAGAAAAUAAAAAUAUUUUAUAUGAUGUCGAUGAGAGUUUAUAUACAAAGAUAGAAAACAAAGAAUAUAUUACUAAGGAAGAUUUAUUAAGAACUUUAGCAUUGAUAGAAAAAAAGAAUGUUGAUUGUAAUGAUAAUAUAAAAAAAGUAAAGAUAGCUAAAUUAUUAAUUGAUAUUAACGAUCUUUUAAGAACAAAUUAUAUUAUUCUUGAUGAUUACAAAGAAAUAAAUAAAAAUGAUUUAACAAAAAAUGGUUUUUUAUUAAAAUUACAAAAUUCUUUAAAUAAAAGGGACAUGGUGAAUUCUAAAAGAGUUAACCAAGAUAUUAUAUUAAGAAAUCAAUAUUUAGAAAAAAAUUAUAAAUUAUGUAGUAUAUCAAGUGAUAUGUUAAUUAUAAGUACCCCUAGAAAUUUAAAUAUAUCUGAUACAAGUAUAAAAGAAAUAAAACAUCCAUCAUCUAUAAAUAUUAUGAAUGAAAUUUUUUGUGACAAUGUCAUAUCUUCGAAUGUAUCAAAUAUAUCACCUUUACAAUUAAACAAGUCUAUAGGUUUAUAUAAACCAUUACUUGAUUUGGAUAUAAAAAGUAGAAUUGAUGAAUAUAGAAAAAAAAUAAUAACUUAUUAUCAGGAUUCAAUGAAUGAAAUAUUUUAUUUAAUAAGAGAUGAAUUUAAUGAAAUAAAAAAAAAAUUUUACUUAUAUAUUCAUCCUAGUAAAAUGCCAGAAGCAAAGCCUAACAAUGAUAUUUUUAAAAAAGAGGAUAUGGAAGGAAAUGAAAUUAUUACCUACGUAUCAAACAAAAUUGAAAAUAAGGAAAAUAUAAAAAAUAAAGAAGAAUAUAUAUUAAAGAGUAACAACAAUAAUGUUAUAAAAAUUUCUUCGAAAAGAACUAAAAAGGUUAUUAAUAUACCUAUAAAAAAAAAAAAAUUGUCCAAUGAUAUAAAGGAAAAUGUGAAUUCAUCAACAAAAAGUGAUAAUAAUAAUAUUAUUUCAAAUGAAACAGUUGAUGCAUGUACAAAAAUAGAAAGUGAAAAUGGAAAUAAAAAAAAAGAUGACAAUGUGAAGAAUAUAAAUCGUAUAUAUCAUAUCUUUUUAAAAAAAAAAAAUAAUGAAAAAAAAUGUGAUAUUUCUAAGCAAACGCUUUAUAAUAAUAGUUUUAAAGAAAAUGAUGUAAUAAAAACAUUUACACAUAAUGACAAUAUUUUAAAAAAAAUUAUUAUUAUUAAAGACGUUUCAAGAGAAAAACCAACAAUUAAAGAAAUUAUACAUCAACAACCUCUUCCUGUAGAGAAUUCAGAAUUAUAUAACAUAUCUGAGCAUAUUCAAAAUAAAUGUAAUUGUUGUUUUUAUUCUAUACCAUUAAUUCAUAUAUAUCAUCCUAAUGGUAGUAUGCAUUGUUUAUCUUGUUCUCAGUAUGAAAAAAACGUAAAUAGAAAAUGUCCUAUAUAUGAGAAGUAUAUCACCUUUAAUUAUAACGACACAUGUCUUUUAUGUGUCCCCUCUAGUUAUAUAACUAAUAAUUGUUUCUGUAAUUUAAUACAUUCAAAAGGAUUAGGGGAAAAAACAAAUGAUGUGCCUAAAAAAUUAAACAUGAUGCCACAUUUUAGUAGUAUUAUAGAUGUAUAUGGAAAUAAAAAUAUUGAUGGUUAUAAUAAUUUUGAGAACGAUAAUAAUCUGUUAGUUUACUCAAAUAAUGAUGAACCUAUUUUAAAGAAGAAUCAUAAAGAAAGACCUAAUAAAAAAUGUUCCAAUAGGUAUAAAUUAAAAUGUCCCGUGGGUAAUGGAUCUAGUGAUAUGUUUUCGGGACAAUCGAUUUCUAUUUUUCCUAUUAUAGGGGAUGAUAUAAAUAGAGGUCAUUAUGAAAAUUGUCCAUAUUAUGAUGAAGAGGAUGUAAUGUGUUAUAAUACAAUUACUAAUAAGAAGAUAAAUAUAAAUAAUGAAGAUGAUAAUUAUGAAAAAAUUUUAUAUGAUAAAGACAAAAUAGUUUAUUUAAACAGUAGUUCCUUUGAUACUAUUAAUAUUAAAAUAGAAGGUGAAGAUUUGAAUAUGAAUGAUAGAAAUGAAGAAAAUGAUUUAUUAGAUAAGGAAUCUAUAGAAUAUAUUAAUGAGAUAAAUGAAAAGGAAUAUUAUGAUUCGAUUGAGGCAUGUAAAGAUUAUCGUUAUCAUACAUUUGAAGAAUCUAUAAAAAAUGUAAAUAAUAGAGAAUGUUAUAAAAAUGUAUAUUAUAGUACAGUUCAUAAAAAAGAAGAUAAUAUAGAUAAAAAAUGUUCACAUGAUAUAGAAAGUCGAAAUAAAAGGGUAAAUGAAUAUGAAGAUGAAUGUGAAAAUGAUAAUAAUAAUAAUAAUAAUAAUAAUGAUGAUGAUGAUGGUGAAGAAAGAAAUUAUUUUCUUUUUGAUCUUAGAUUUAUUUACAAAACUGGAUUUUUUACUAAAAGAAAAACAAUUAUUAAUUCUUAUUUAAAAACUAACAAAAUUGAUAUUACAUACAAUAAAGAAAAGAUACUUUAUUUAUUUAAAAACUUGUUUGAAAAAACAUUCAAAGAUAUAAAUUAUCAAAUUAAAGAAUCAUUAGUUCACAUGUUUCCAAUUGUACAAAAUUCCGAAAUACAAGGAUUUGAUAUAGAUUUUGGUAAGGUUAAAUUACAUUAUGCUACAUCAAUUAAUAUGUUUAAAUAUUCUGUUUUUGAUCUUAUUAAUAUGAAAAUUUAUUUUAUCAGCCCAGAUAAAACAUAUAUACUUCUGGAAGAUAUUAUCAGGGAAAUAAGGGAAGAAAAAGAAAAUUCCAAUAAUGAUGGAUCACGACGAAAAAACAAAAUCAUAAAUAAGUAUUUACAUGAAAUGGAUAUAACAAAUAUUGAGUGGAGUACUGAAAAUAGUAAAACGAAUACUACAAAUAGUGAAUCCAAAACAACAACGACAAGAGAAAAUACAAUUGUGAUAAAAGAAAAAAUUGGCACACAUGAUGAAAAAAAAAAAAAAUGUGACAACACAAAAAACAACAGAAACAAUAAUGAUGAUAAUGAUGAUAAUGAUAAUGAUAAUGAUAAUAAUAAUGAUAAUAAUAAUGAUAAUAAUAAUAAUAAUAAUAAUAAUAACAAUAAUAAUAAUAAUAAUAAUAAUAAUAAUAAUAAUAAUAGUAAUAGUAAUAGUUGUGAUAAUAAUAACAAAAGAGAUAAUGAUUCUUUUGAACAUGUAGAUAUACAAAAAAAUGAUACUAUUACAACUAAUAUAGAUUGUAAUAUUAUACAUAAUAAUACUAUCGACAGUAGUAAUAAAAAUAGAAUUAAAUACAAUUUAAAUAUAUUAAAAUUUUUACUGAAAUAUAAAGAUCUCUUAUCCAAAGAAGAUAUAAAUAUGAUCAGUGAUAAAAACAAUCUUGUAACUAUCAAUAAAAAUGAUAAAACUAAUAUAGGUGAUGAGAUUAUCGAAAUAACAAUUCGAAAAAAUGAAAAACGAAAUAUAGAAAACAAUUGCACUUAUACAAAUAAUUCCAUUAUAAAUAAUAUAGAUAAUAAUAUAUCUGAAUCUAUAAAUAUUAAUGGUGGUGAAGGAAUAAAUGCAGUCAUUGAAACUGUUGAUAAAUAUUUAGAUAAAUAUUUUAGCGUACAUAAUAUGCCAAUAUAUUAUAUGGAAAAUAUGAAAAUUUCUAAAAAUAUUAUAUAUGUUACAUCUGAUGUAAAUAGUGAUUUAGAUAUGCUUAAAAUGAGUAUAUUAGGAAUAUGUAAUAUAACUAAUAAAUCUAUUGAUAAUUUUAAUUUCUUUUUAGUACGAAAUGAAGCAGAAUUAUAUGAUCCUAACAAAUGUCAGAAAAUACCAGAACAUAUUAAAAAUGUACAAGAUUUAUAUAACUAUAGUAAAAUGUUAGACAUGAAAAUUAUUAUUGCACCUGUAUAUGCAGAAGAUAUAGAUAUAAUACCUAAAAGUUUUGAUUAUUUGUUUAAAUUAUAUAAAGAUGGAGAUGAUGAAAAAGGCGUGACAACAGAUUCUAGAGAUAAUGAUUGUCAACAAAAAGGAAAUGUCGAUACACAGGAAAGGAAUAAGACAGAAAAUGACACAACAAGAAUUACCCUGUCAAAUAUCAAGCACAAUAAUAUAAUCAAAAACAACAACAAAAACAAUAAUAAUAAUAAUAAUAACAGUCAUAAUAAUAAUCAUUCUUAUUAUAAUCAUGAAUUGUCCCUUUUUAACGAUGCAGAAAGUAACAAACCAAACGACAAUACAACUACCUCGAAUGAUAAAAAUUACUAUUUUUUCAAUUAUGAUAAUAAGAAAUCACUUAUUUUAAAUGAUCCAGAAAAUGAUGAAAAUAUUGAAUAUCUAAGUGAAGAAAUAAGCAUUUAUGAAGAUGAACAUAUUUAUGAUGAAGGGAAUUUAUAUAAUUCCUUUGUUAUAUAUAUAGAUAAUCCUUUUAAACGCAUUAAUAUAGAAAAUGCCCCUAUAUUAAAAGGAUAUACUUUAAAUUUAUUUAUAAAUGAUAUAAUGAAUAAACUGAUACAUAUACCUUCCACUUUUAUUAAUACCCAAUCUUAUAAAAAAGGAAUGUGUGUAAUGAGUAUAUGUUAUUGUUUUAAUUAUUAUUCAUUAAAUAUAUAUACUAAUAAUAUUAUUUUGUUAAACUUUGAUAAAGAUGUUACAUUAUAUGAAGUAAUAAAAGAAUUUAAAAGUAGAGAGAACGAAUAUUUAUUAAUAAAAAAUAAAAUGAAUGAAGAAUGUCAAGAUGUUGAUAAUUUAUCAAAUAUUAAAUUACCACAUACAAUAGAUUUGAUAGACUCUAAAUAUAUACAUUUGGAAUUCCCAUUAUUAUAUAUAGAUGAACAUUCUAAUUUUUUUCAAGAUAAAAUUACAUUAAUGAAUGUACCCGAAAAUUUAACGGUAUAUGAAUUAUGUAAAUCUAUGAAGAAUAUAUUGAACGAAUCAUUAAUAUCAUUUAAUUUAAGUACAAUAAAUGAUAUAAAAAUAUAUACAAUAAGAGGAAGACAAUGGGAAAUGGUGUUAGAUAAUCUUUUAGUUUUUGGUUUAAAAAUUAAUUAUGAAGAUAUUUUUACUAUAUUGAUUGAUAAUAACUUGUUAACUAAAAAUUAUUAUGAAUUAUUAUCUAAUAUUAUAAUCGAUUUUAGAGAUAAUAAUAUGUAUAUUAAAAAGUUAGAUAUAUAUAUAGAUUAUAUUUUCCAACCAUAUACUAUAUAUAACAUACCUAUAUACAUUACUCCAAAUAAUUUAAAAUAUAUUUUAUUACAAUAUACAAAUACGUUUUUAUCUAAUUCAUUAUUAGAUGAAUUUUUUUUUACUUACAAUAAAAGACAUACAACAAUAAAUGUCGUCCCAGAAGUGAGGAACUGGGAACAUGUAGAGGAUUCUGAUGUAUAUAUUUAUGAAGAAAAUGAUAUAAAUGAUAAAAAAAAAGAACAAAAAAGAAAUAUAUCCUUCAUAUAUGUGCUAAAUAUGUUAAGCACCUUUUAUAAAAUUAAAUUUAACUCUAGCAAAUUGUUAGAAUCUGUAAUGGGUGAGAUACAUCAAUUAUGUGGGAAACGGUUUAAUGAAAAUCUGUGGUUAGACAUAAAAAAAUCUACAAAAAAUGAGAAAGAUAUUGAAAUAUAUUUAGAAAAUAGUUCAAAAAAAGUGUUAAUUAAAAAUGUACCUUUAGAUUUAUUAGUAUGGAAACUUAUUAAUAUUAUAAUGAGAGGUUCAUUUAAUAUACCUAUAGAGGAUAAGGAGAAAUUAUAUAAUUUAUUUAUGUUAGUACCUAAAAAUAAAGACAAAAUAAAAGAUAAAAAUGUAGAUUAUUAUUUUUUAUCCACUCCUGGGUAUACUGUUGAGGAGAUGUUGAGAGUAUUUGAAAAGAAGAAGAAACCGAAAAAAAAAGGAAAAGAAAAAAAUAGUGCUAAUGAUAAUAAUAAUAAUAAUAAUAAUGAUAAUAAUAAUGAUAAUUAUAAUGACAAUUAUAAUAAUGAUAAUAAUAUCAAUAGUAAUAAUAAUUAUGGUGAUAUGAAACAAACUUAUUAUAAGAUUCUGUUAAUUAAAGCAUACCCACAACACUUACAUGGAAUACAAAACAAUGAGAGGUUUAAUGAAUAUCUUACAUUCAAUUUAGAAGCAUUACCUUCUGUUAUCGAUGUUAAGAACCCAACAACGUGCUUAAGUUUUUAUGUGAAUUAUAAAAAUGAAAAUAAAAUGACUCAUAUAAUUAAUGUACCUGAAAAUAUAUCUACAGAUAUGUUGUUAAAAACUAUUUUGUCUGAUAAUUUUUGUAGAUGGAAAAAGUUACCAAAUGAAGAAAAAAUGAAAUUCUCACUACAUUUAAAUAAAAAAGAAAUAACAAAUAUUAAAGAUUAUAUAAAUAAUGGAGAUAUUGCACAACUCAAAACAUUUAUUUUAAUAAAUAAUAAAAAAAGAAGGGUUCAAGAAAAAUAUAUUGAUUUAGAUAAUACAACUGAAUUAGGAUCUAAUGUAAAUAAUAUAUCAAAAGAAGAAUUAAAAGAAAUACAAUUAUAUGAUAAUGUAUUAAGAGAAAUAUUAAAUAAAAAUUAUAUAGAUUAUAAUAAUAUAUCUCUUAGUGGUUAUACAAUAACAGUUUAUGUUUUUGAUGGUAAUAAAUAUGAACCUUUAACAAUCUAUAAUGUACCCUUAAAUAUAACGAAUAAAGAUAUAAUAAACUUUUUAUUAAUAAAAUCAAAUCAUAUUAAUAUAACGAAAUUAAUUGAUGAAUUUUUAUUACUAAACGAAAAAUUGUAUAAUACAUAUAUAGUAAAGAAUAAAAAUAAAAACAUGUUGGAAGAACAAAAUGUUCUUUUUAUAAAAAAAUUAAAUGAAGAAGAAGAAGUAUUUCAGUUGAAUGAAUCCAAAUUUUAUUUAGUUCAUAAUCCCUUAUUUAAUCCUUUAGAUAAUUUACUUCAGAAUAUUGUUCAUAAAAAAUAUGAUUUUAAAUCUGAAAAAAUUGAUAUACAUAGUGUGGGUGAAAAAUUUGAAAUUUUGACACUAAACAUUUUAAUAAACAAUGAUAUUAAUAAUAUGCAUAAUAAUAAUGUAAAUAAUAAUUAUGUAAAUAAUAAUAAUAUAAAUAAUAAUAAUAUAAAUAAUAAUAAUAUAAAUAAUAAUAAUAUAAAUAAUAAUAAUAUAAAUAAUAAUAAUUUUAGUUUUGGUAAGAAAAAAUUUGUCAUCACUGUUCUGAAUAUACCUUAUAAUAUGUAUAUAACCGAAUUUUUAAGGUAUUCCAUAGGAUAUCAAAGAAAGUGGAUAUACAAAUUUGUUCUCUUUUAUAUUAUUAAAGGUAGUGAAAAAUAUAUACUAAAUGAUGGAAAUGAUAUUAUAAGACAUGGAAAAACAGUCAGCGAAAUAUUUCAGAUAUGUAAAUCUGGAGAUCUUUGCACCUUACACAUUGAUAUAAAUUUUAAUGAAGCUGAUAAUAAUUUGGAGAAUGAUAUAUUUAAUGAGGAAAUUAACGCAAAAGAAAUGAAAAAUGUAGAUGUAGAUUCACACGCAGAUGUAGAUGUAGAUUUAGAUGCAAAUGUCUAUUUAGAUGCAAAUGCAGAUGUGGAGGGUAAUAUAAACAAAUUUGUAAAUAGUCUUCAUAAUGAUAAUGAAAACCGUUUUAUAGUAUUAAAAGAAUUAAGUAAGAAAAUAUAUACAGACGACUAUGAAAAUAAAAAAAUAGAUAUGUCCAUAAUAUGCUUUGAAUAUAAUGCUGGUUUAUAUGAAAGAAACCUUUUUGGCAGUUCACGAAUUUGUAAUAUUCCAAAAAAUUAUACUGUUGGAGAUGUUUUAAGAUAUGUAAAAAAUAAAAUAAUUGAAGAUACUAAUAUAAGUAUGUUGAAUGAUUUACAAUUAAAAAUAAUACAUAAUGAUAAUUAUAUCGAUAUACCAAAAGAUAUGAAUAUAGAAUAUGCAAUUAAUUAUUUGUUUAUAUAUACCCCUUUUAUAGUAUAUCCAUCAGAUGAUAUAUUAAAAUAUAAUAAUAUAAUUGAUUUAAUUUUAUAUAAUACCAUUAUAGAUAUAAAAGAAAACUCUUUUGUUAAAAAAGACAUUCCGAUAUAUGUUAAGAAAGGUAAUAUUUUUAAAAAUGUUAGUUUAAAAUAUAUACCUAUAAAUAUAAAAGAAGAUGAAUUAUUAACAUAUUUAUUACAUUAUUUAACAGAUAAUCAUGAGGUUGUUUCUUUUAUAAGAGAUAUAACAUGUAUAUGUGUUUAUCCUUUAUGUGAUUCAAUAUAUAUAUUUCAUGAAAAGAAACAAUUAUCAUUAAUACCUUCUAUAUCUUAUCAUAUACAAUUAAAAAAUGUUUAUUAUAUAUCUACAGUAGAAACAUAUGAAAAUUUUUAUAAUAUAUUAGGUCAUAUGGAAUUAAAUUUGAAUAAGUUCUUACAUAUACAAAAUGAUGGAAAUAAUUAUAAGAAAAAAGAAGCAUAUAAUAAUAUUUAUUAUAUGAAUAAUGUGGAUGAAUUGAUACAUAUUGAUGUUAAUAUAAUAUUUCCAAGCAUUCAAAAAAUAAUACGUGUAAAGAAUUUGAAUGUAAAUAUAAAAAUGGAGGAAUUGUUGUAUAAAAUAUUUGGUUGUAUAACGAACAAAAUAUAUAAAUGGGGGGAACUUUUUAGGAAUUUUGUAGGAAAGAAAGAAAAAAUUAAUAUUGUCAAUAAUGACAUAAAGAACAAUAGUAAUAAUAUUAAUAGUAUUAAUAAUAUGAACAGUAUUAAUAAUAUGAACAAUAUUAAUAAUAUGAACAGUAUUAAUAAUAUUAACAAUAUUAACAGUAUUAAUAAUAUUAAUAAUUGUGAUAAUAUUGAUAGGAUAGAUAAUAAAGUGUUAAAAGAUUACUUAUGUGAGGAACAAAAUAUUAUAACAUUCAUAUUUUGUUCUCAUGAUAAUAGUAUACACGAUUAUCUGACAUCCAGAAUGAUAUACCUCCCGGCAAUCAUAAAUUAUCAAACAAAUUAUAUAACUUUCUAUAGUAGUAUAAAUGGAUUUGCUAAUAAUGAAACUACUUUUCAUGGGUUUCCCAAUUAUCUAAGUCCAGAAACAAUGUUGACCAUGUUACAAUAUAAUUUUUUUCAUGUCAUAGGAAAAAAUUAUUUGAAAUUAUAUGGAAGUUUGUAUGAUAAGGGCACUGAUGAAGAUAUAAUAUAUAAUACAAAUGAUAUAAGAAAAUCAGAAAAUAAGGACAUAUAUAAUAAAAAUUUAAUAGCUAUGAGGGGUGCUAUAAAAUUUAUAUUAAGAAUAAAAAAUAAGGGAAAAAAAAAAUCCUUAGAUACAAUACAAAAUUUAAUUAAUAAUGAAUUAAAUAUUGCAUGUGAAAAUGUAGAAAAUGAUGUUGACAUGGAAGAAUGUAAUGACUUUCUUUCUUCUUUAAAUAAUUCAAGUAUAUUUUGGAAAAAUGGUAUAUUAGGAUUCAUGGCAAAUUCAAUAGUUACUCGUGAUAAUAUGAAUAAUAGUUUAAUAUUACCUUAUGUAGAUUUUGAAAUAAAUGAGAAAAUGUUUUUACAAAAUAUUUUAUAUCAUAUAAAUAUUUCUCCAUAUUUAUAUAAAUUAUUUGAAUUAACUCAUAUUGAUAAAAAAUGUAAUACUUAUAAAAAAAAAUUAAAAAAUAGUGUUGCACAUAUUCAAUGUUUAUUGUCAUAUGGAUUUAGUAUAUAUUUUGAUUUACAUUAUGAUAGUACAUUUGAUAAAUACAAAGGUUUUACAUUAGGAGAUAAUUCUUUUGAUAUAACACAAAUACAUUCAUUUCAAAAUCUUCAUGAACAAAAUUUUGUAGAUUUAAUUUUAUAUAAUCAUGAUAAUACAUUUAUUACAAUCAAAAAUGUAUAUAGAGAUAUGACAGUAGCAACAUUCUUAAAUGACUUAUCAAAAACAAGAUGUCAUAUACUAGGAUUAACAUAUAAUCAAAUUUCUACAUAUUACAAAUUAACCUAUGAGAUAUAUAAUGAAACACAUGACAUAUCACCAAAUUUGUCUAUUGCCGAUGUGCACAACAUUGUGAUAAGUUUUUCUAAAUCUAGCAUACUAUUAAAAAUAAGGAAAAUUGAUAUCACCAACGAUAUUUCACAUAAUAAUAAUAAUAAUAAUAAUAAUGAUAGUGAUUUUAUUAUUAACAGUGAUAAUAUUGACUAUAUUAAUGCUUUACCAGAUUUAUAUUUAAGCCCAUAUCCUCCAGUUAUUGAUCUGAGUCAAAAUAAUUUUCAAGUUAAUAUAUAUAUGCACUCUAAAUUUAUACCAAAUGAUUAUUCCUUAAGAAAAGAUAUUGUACCACAUAUUACUAUUAAUAAUGUACCAUCAAAUGUUUUUAUUUUAUCAUUAAAGGAACUAUUAAAAACAAUAUUUAUACAACAUAUGGAAAAAUCUCAAACUACUACAUUUCAGUUAAAUUUAUAUGACUUUGAAGUCGAAUUUUUUAUUCUUACUUUUAAUCGUUUUACUAGUAAAUUUCAUAAAAUGAAUUCUAAUGUUUUAAGUAAUUUAACUAUCUCUAACUUUUAUAGUACUUAUAUUCAUGGUGGGUUAUUUCUAAAUAUCGAUAAAAUUAAAAUUGAUAUACCAAAUCUAUUGAAUGAUUUUAUUGAUCAUUUCUCAAAGGUCGUAAUAGACUUUUCUCAUCACAACAUAGUCAAACAGUAA